CCCAACAUCAACAACAGUACCCAGGCGGCCCAUCGGGAUCCACGCCUCAAACGCCUCAAACGCCAACGCCAACAUUCCCCAAUUUCCCGCCCACACCCGCACCCGACCCGUCUUCCGCCUCCACCUCCAAUACCGCCAACAAACCCCCAUCCGCCGCCGUCCAAACCGCCCUCUCGUUCCGUCUCCGAAACCAGCCGCCCACGAACGAACAGGCUAUCGCCCUGCUGUACGACGUCUCGCCGCAGCUUUUGCAGAGUGUGUUUCGGUUGACGACGAGUGCGGUGGGGUCGAAGGAUGAUGAUGAGAGGGUGCUUGUGGAGGCGCUUUGGAGGGCGGGGAAGGGUGGGAAUGGGGAGGGAGUUGAUUAUGGGAAGGCUUUGAGGGGGUUACAUGGGGUAAACGACCACGCCACGAAUCACUGGCAGGCCUAUUAUUGCACGCACCAAACCCGCAUCGACGCCCUCGUCGCCUCCUUCGACCCUUCACCCUCCGCACGAGUCGGAGCACGCUCAUCCACUCCAUCCUCAGCCUCAGGAGCAGCGCAAGCAAACCCCAUCGGACCCAACAAAACCGCGAAAAAGCCGACGUUCAUGAGCGCGCCCUCGUCCAACACGGCCCGCGCAGGUCCCUCUCGGCUCGGGACCGCCAUUCGAAAAUCGACGGGCUCGAAGCCUCCUGCAGCUUCUUCUUCAUCUUCUUCGAGACCGUCUAAUGGCAGCAUUGGUCCGAAAUUGAAGAAGCGACCGUCGGAGGCUGGUGGUGGUGGUGAUGGUGGUGGACCUGAGCCGAAGAAGGCGAGGACGUUGGAGGAGGAGUUGAGCCAGCAGAGUGUGAGGAGUCAGAUCCAUAAUGAGAGGGUUAUUGAGGGUCAGCAAAAUAAGGGGAAAGGGAAGGGGGUAGUGAGGAAUGGGUCGGGGACCUAUUCGACUCCGGGAAACAGUCCAGUUAAGAAAAAGAUCGGGAAUGGGAUCGGGAAUGGGAUUGGGACGGGGGUGAGGGCUGGUUCGUCUGGCUCGAGCACGGUCAUCGAACGACCCACGCCUUCGAACGGUGUGACGUUCACUGGCUAUGUGACGAAAGCGGGACUUCGCGAGCCGACACCGCCGAAGGAAGGGAUGCAUGCGGUGUGGACGGACGAGGAAGAGAAGUACGUGAUUGAUUUUGUGGAGUGGAAUUGUGAGGUUUAUAAGGAGUUUUUGGAAGCAGGGGGGGCGAAGAAGAAGACGCACGGGGGGUGGGCGAACAGGGUCAAUAGGAUGAAGAUGGCGAAAAGGAUGGAGGAGAGGGCUCCAUGGCACAGCACUGGCAAUUACCGGCAAAAGACUUACGAACUCUGGCCUACUAAUCAGAAAAUUAAGAACACCCAGGAAUGGGCAGAGAACUUGAAAGCGCAGAACAAAGCACCAUCAGCCGAGGUUGAGUCAGAAGACGGAGAGGGGGAAAGUGAUGGGGAUGAGCAGGAGGGAGCGGAUAAGGAACAUGAUGAAUCGAUGUAUGUGGACGGCGACGAGGGGGAUGCUAGCAGCGACGAAGAAGGCCCAGACGGUGUUGCCGACCAUGUCGCUGCGGUCAAGGUGGACCCUAUCAAAGCGCUCGCGGAAUAUAUAUCGUUGUAUGACGAAGUGGAGUGGCUUGCCUUCAGUGUCAAGGACAGGUGGGAGACGUUACUUGAGAAGUAUCCCGAGAGAAACCAGAAGUCUUGGGCGUCCAUUUUCGGGCACAAUAAGGACGAUAUUCUCCGCCAAGCUGCGAGGUACCGAGCCCGGAGGCUCAAAGGCGCCGCCCUCGACGACAAUGCCAACGACGACGUGCAGCCUCUUCCACUCGACAGCGACGACAUGCCUUUCGAAGAACCUCCGGUAGCUGGUGGACAGAGCCAGUCCGAGUCCCAAGCACGGCUCUCACCUCAGGUCACACCAAGCGCGCAGCCUGGGCCUGGGGUCAGAGUUGGACUUGAGGCUGGGGGUGGUACUGCGUCCGCCGAUAAUGCUAUGAACGUCGAUGGUCCUCAACGUGAGACCAGCAUCAAUGGAUCUGUGGCGCCGAAAGGGCCUGGUCAGGCUUCCGGGAGUCAGUCCAGGGUGGGAUCGAACGCGAAUUCGCCUGUGGUACAGAAUGAUCCGGAGAUGGUGGCGAGAAUUAGGCAGCGGUUGAGUGCCAGUAACGGUUUAGGCGUCUGAUCUGGGGGUGUCUUCUUGGGGGCGGUCUUGUGGUUUUUCUUGCGAGCAGGUUUCUUGAGACGACGCGCUGUUUAUAAUAAUAACGAGCUUUUCUUUCAUCCUAUGAUAUAUGUCGUGUAAUUGUGAGGCAUUUGAUGUUACUUCUCUAUGGUGCAGGCUUAGCUUUCGUGAUGUCGUGAACGGUUUGUGCUCAGACAGGCCCGGCCGCGUAGAUCCUGUCUUAGAUACUCCAUUGUUGUCCUGCUCAACUCAGUUCUUGUCCAGGUCCAGGUUCUCUUUAUCGAUAUACACUACGUUCAGUAGAAACAUCCGGACCCCUUCGUGUAGAUCGUAUAAAAUAAUAGCGGGCAACAUUUGGACGGCCCAACAAG